AAAUAAAGUAAGUAAGUAAGUAAGUGCUCGCUUUUCGGCCGAUAUCUAUCCAAAGAUAUCCAUUCGAAAGUCGACCAACCGAAUCGAAUCGAUCAGUCAGCAGCACCAGCAACAACAACAACAACAGCAGCAGCAGCAGCCGCAGGUGCAUUUGUGCAGGUGUUCGAAUAGUCUUCGUUCACGACAACGUGUGUUACUGUGGUGACCGUUUUUUUAUAUUCUUCUUUCUGGUGUGCAUUUCUGGUGCAAGUGCUAGUGUUCUGCUACGCAGCUCACGCAUACAGCAGCCAAGUCGAGGUAGUAAAUCCACGUGUGAAUAGUAGGCUGUUCCCAGUGUGGGCAAGUGUAAAAGAAAGCACCAAAAAGUCGAAAAAGCAAAAGGAAAGGUGCGAUUUUCCAGUGUUUAUGUGUCACUCGAGGGGAAGCGCACGAUCGUAUCGCCAAGGCAAAGCAAAAAGCUACAGAACAGAAAAGCGACUUCCAGCAGCGACAGAACGGUGCGGCGUCCGUUAGCGGCUGGCGACGGAUCAAGCCCUAAAACGCCGAAAUACACCGUCUUUAAUUGCUUAUUCAUUAUAAGGCGAUUAACAAAACGAUGACGACGGAUUUUGAUGAUCUUCGGCUGAUGAAGACGAAGCAGAAGCAGACGACAAAACGAAAACUUAUCCGCCACGUGGAGGCGUUUCACAGCGUGCAACAGCAUCGUUCUUUUUGCUAUCAAAGCAGCAUAACGAAGGGAAACGCAUUGAUAAGCAGACGACGAACGAAAGUUUCGACGAGCAGGGCGAGAAGAACAACAUUACGAACGUACGGCGCCAUCCUUGCAGCAUCCCGAUACCGGUGCCAACUACUGGGAGCUAAGCCAUCGUAAAGCAUAGAACGAUCAGCGAUUGCUGAAACGCUUGCUGUGCCUGUCCAAGCAGCGACAAACUCACACACACACACACACGGCAAAAAGAGGAUCGCGACCAAUCGCGGGUUGGUGUCUUCAUGGAUCGGCGUAAUGGCGGCACUAGUUUGGCGCCCCCAAGGCCCCCGAAAUCGUUGCCCCGCGUCCAUCGCCCUCGGGCGCCAGAUCCAAACUCUUCGCCGUCGGCCAUCAUCAGCUCUGCUUCGCCGAACCCGAACCCGACGGCGAUGAUCGGCAGGAUGAUGGUUGGCAACGGGGCAACCGGCAAUGGGGGCAGCAGCCAUCAUCAUCAACAGCAGCAACCCGCCUCGACAGCACCGACACCACCACCGCAACUGUCACCAAAACCGCGACACCUGAUCGGCGGAAGCGGCAGCAUCUUAGGUAGUAGUAAUUUAAGCAACGGCAACGACAACAGCAGCAACCUAGCGUGUAAUAAUAUCAGCAGCAACAGCAACAAUAAUAUAAGUAAUAACAACAACAACAACAACAAUAAUAAUAAUAAUAGUAGUAGUAGUAGUAAUAGUAAUAAUAAUACUAUUUUUAUGAAUAAUAAUCCUCAUAAUCAUACGAGCCCGGGUACGACCGCCGGCAGUAAUUUUAACAGUGCUAGCCUAAUAAGAAGCAACGCUAGCAGUAGUAGAAGUAAUAGUAGCACUAGUAACACUAGUAAUAGUACCAGCAGCAGUAGUACUAGCAGUAGGAGUAAUAGUAAUCUAAAUAAUAAUAAUAGUAGUAGUCAUAGUAGCAGCAGUAGAAGUGGUAGUAGUCAUCCUCCCCCUCAACCAAUUCCUCCCCAUCAUCAUCAUCAUCAUAAUCAUCCGCAUCAGCAGAGCAAUCGAAGCAUCGGCAGCAACUCUUCCACGUUGUCCUCCGUAUCGUCGAGCUCGUCGACGGCGGCACUCCUGAGGCCGCAGAUUGCACCCCUGGUACCACUGCACACACGAUCGACGACACCUCCCCCACCGCCUCUGCCGCCGCACCAGCGACCAACGUCGCCGGCCGGGAGCAUCGGCCACGGAAGCACCUUUGCCCGCCGUCGCCUCAGUCCAGCCACCAGUCCACCGUUGCAUCCGCAUCCGCACCUAACAAGUAUUCCUCCGCUAGGGGCAUCCGAAUCGAUGGCCACCGGUGCCACUACCACCACCGGCACGCCACCGGUACUACUACUCCCCGUCGAUCAACCGAUCGUAGGCGGAGUCGCCUCCAACACUUCCUCCAACCCAACGACCCCGGUGACGCUGGCCGCGCCCAGGCCAGAGAACGAACGACUUGCAAACGAGUACGUCGAUACGCCGUUUGGCCGGGGCAAUGGGGCAGCAGCUGGUGGUGCCAACAUUCCAUCGACGGGAGCCCUGACCGGGCUGGCGCCGGGUGCGCAACAGCUUCGAAACCUGUCACUGCUCUCUGGCGAAGGAGCCGUAGUGACGGUCAUUACGGGACAGCCGCGGCCAACGCACGAUCGGUCACGAUCGCCCAUCACUGGCGUCGGUGGCAACAGUGACUCCAUUAUCCGUGCGAUCAAGAGUACCGAGGGCCGACAAGACGUCACGUCAACGAUCACCGGUAGCGGCCAAUCGUUGACGAAUGCUGGCGGAAUUGCGCGCAAUCCAAGUAUCAUUACCAAACAGCCGACGAAGAAGAAGGAUAGCUCCGACCGGCACGAGCUGCUGGAGCUGGAGCUGCAGCACCACCAUCACCAUCAUCAUCGGCACCAUGGCCGAUCGGCGGUGGCGACGGUGGGUGGUGGCGCGCCCGGUACCCUCGGCACGGUCGGGGCAGCCGGUUCCGACGGUCUGAUAGGCAUUGGGUCGAUCACAUGUCCACGCUGUCGGCGCUGCCGCUGUGAGGAGUGUCAAAAACCGCGACCACUGCCGUCGCACUGGCUCUGCGACAAAAGCUGCCUGUGCAGUGCGGAAACAAUCAUCGACUACGCGUCCUGUCUGUGCUGCGUAAAGGCACUCUACUACCACUGCUCGAAGGAGCACGAGUUCGAGCGGGAAGUGGUAGGUCCCGACGGUACCAUUGAGACGGAGACCGUGUCGUGUGCCGACGAUCCCUGUUCCUGUGUGCCGCACAAGCGUACAACCCGCUGGGGCUGUCUGGGGGCACUCUCGGUGGCAUUGCCCUGUCUCUGGUGCUACUGGCCGAUGCGCGGCUGCGUGGCCAUCUGUGCCCGCUGUUAUGCCAAACAUUCCCGCCACGGUUGCCGCUGCACGCAGCAUCCCGCCGCUCCUUCGGCCAGCUUCCCACCGGGAAGCGCACUGAGCGGAGCCGGCGGCAUCCUCAACGGUUCCAUGUUUGCUAGUGGUGGGGGCAACGGAGGCGGAGUGAGUGUGGGCAGUCUAGAAGAGCACGAAUCAAGGGUGAAGGGCGAUCCGGCCGAUGGUGACUCGCCACUGCAACAUUUGCACCACCAUUUGCGCCACCAUCUGCACCACCAGCAUCACUCGGGUACAUCCACCGACCUAACCACGCCCGAGAAGCGGCUACUCGAUUCCAGCAACGAUACCUACUGACGGUGGUGGGACUGUUGGUCGCGCGGCGAUCAUACCAAGCACUCUGGCAGUGACGAAAUGGACGGUGAUGACGAGUACAGCAGUAACUGUGGGUGCGCUCGGGAUGCGAUCGUCGAUGAUAGCGAUGACGACACCGAUGACGAUUCGUCGAUGAUCAUGAUGAUGUUGCACCUGUAGAAUGAGCAUACAUUCAAACGUUGUCCAUUCAUCCAUUUAUCCUUACCCCGCAACACACCGUCCUCUUUCUGAUUCCCGUUAGUGCUUUGUAGCUACUACUACUUCUACCGUUGGACCCUGUUAUGCAGGAAUGUGCUUCCGUUCCAGGAGGCUACUCUGAAGAUCGUAUGUCAUAUUCAGCGUUCGAGUUUGUGUGUUUUUGUAGCCAACAACAAUCCCUUCCAUCCUCAAACCCUCUCCCUUCUCACGUUCUUAACUCAUUCAUUUUUUGUUUAAACAAAGAUGCAAAAGGAUCAAACUGGAUCAUUCCUUUGCGAGUAGAAUGAUAUGUACGCGUGGUAUUGUAAAUUGGUUUUAAACAACAACAACAACAACAACAACAACAGCAUAUGCGUUAGUUAGUUUCCAUUCAUCAUGUUCGACACCUGGCCAGGAACGAAGGAGCAGGAAGUUGGAGAUCAUCUCAUCUCCACUGGGAUCGUACAUCUCGCUUGGGAUGGCACUUCUGGCAGUCUGGUCCAGCUUGGCUCUAAUGUGUCCCGGGCACAUGUCGUCAAGGCCCUGCGCUUUCCAAAUGGCGUUGAGCCUUUAAUUUGCCUUUCGAGGAAGCGAAAGAAAUGAAGCAUUCAAUCUUCUCCUGCUCCUUUUCCUGCUCCUUUAUGAUGUAUGCGUGCAUGCCUUAGCAUUGAAGAGGAAAAAAAUCCGCACCAAAAGCCAAAUGUUUCAUCAAUGGCUAGCAUAUUGAUUCCAAUCACCAAGGGCAAAGGGACUGCCGGAGAGGGCAACCAGCACACCAUUAUUGUGCCAUGCUCUGGCAACGUGUGGCAAUGCGUUUGAGGAUUCGUUGUUCCAAUACCUGAUCAUCGGACCGGUGUAUCCGACCGAGGCGAAGAGCGCAAAGCAAACUCGACCAAAUUCCGAUCCGACGCGCCCCCGGCGGGAUGUGCGUGUACCAUCUGUUAAACAAAGCGGGAACGAUGCGGGCAUCAAAGCACGAGAACGAUUUCUCUCAUCUGCCCAGUACCGGGAAUAUUCUUUGCAGCAUCUCAUAUUCCUGCCUUCCCGGACACACGUAUACGCGAUGGUGUGUGUGUGUGUGUGUGUGCGUAUGAACUGGUGGAAUAUGUUGUUGCAUUUUUUUGUUCUGUGCCAGACAGAGAAAACCACCAUACCGCACUUUGUGUGCGUGUGCGUGUUGUGUAUGUUUUCGUUCUUUUCCUCCCUUUAAGGAUCUCUGUUUCGAAAUCGAGACUCAUGUUUCCUAGAAACUAAUAUUGUCCCUGUGUUUCUUUACUGUACCCAUCCGAGGCCAAAGGGAAGCGGAUCUCUCAGCGCAACCCAGGCAACCGAACACCAACAACAGCAGGCCCUGUACAGCGUCAGCAAAGAAUGCCAUCAAACAAGUAUCCUUGCCGUACCCUGUGCAUUGUUACAGUGCAUGUACACACGUUUCGUUCCCGCCAAAAUGCAUCGUCAAUAUUAUUAUGAUCUUUUUUUUUGUUAUUGCUAGCCAAACACGCAGCAUUGCCGUGUGUGUGUGCGCGCGCGCGCGCGAUCGUUUCCGCGUGUUUUCCAUCGCGUUCAACCUGUUUUUGUUUGUUCUUUGCGAAAUGGAUCACAUGCUACGCCGUUGUUCUGCUUUCGUGAGGAUCAUCAUCAUGAUCGUCUAGAACGUACGUAAACGUAAGCAAACGAACGGGUGACGGUUUUGCGCCAAACCGCCAACAGGUUCAUCGCUUAAACCUUCCCCCCCUGCCACGUGCGUCAUCGGUAGGAUCGCGACGCGGGACCCGGGAAUAGUGCAAAUCCUCCGGUAUUUUGGGUUUUUGUUUUCUUCGGGUUUCUUCGCGGCCUCAGCACGCCUAGAACGUGAUUACGUCCAUUUUUUAAUAGGAAUUUGACCGAUUUCUCUCUGCCACAAAUCCGGCACCACCAGAGUGCUGCCACCCUAUCCCAGUGCCAAUGCAAUGUGUGGGACGAGUUUCGGCAGUACGUGCGCAAAUGGUGUGUUGUGAAAUGUUGUGCGCCACAGUGUCCGUUUCUAUCUCUGCGCUUCAAGCAAACGUGUGUGUGUGUGAGAGAGAGAGUUUGUGUCGGAAAAUCCACCCGGUCCGGGCGGCAAAGGGCAGAUGAAAAUUUAAAAAUAAAAUUCAUUCAUAAAGUUUCCUGUUUCCCCUCCCUUUUUCUUAGGGUGUGGGGGGACACUCGAUCACAGAUCACCAGUCAGCACACAAACACUGCUAGAGCGCAUUUUUAUUUUACACAGUGUGUAAAUAUACAAAUUUGAUCCUUUGGGUUGUUUUGACGAUGGUGAAUAGAAAUGUGUCCACACCGACGACCGGAUGCCCUCGAUUUGUUAGAUGCCGAUGUACCGUUGCCUAUUGCAUGCAUCGGAUAGCUUUUGUUGGAUAAUCGCCAAAACAAACGAAUUCAUUUGACGGAGCACAUCUACUUCAAGCGCUUAGUGUAUGUAACUCGUUUCCAAAACACCCAUUGCUGCUGUUGGACCUUUUGGACGAACUUUAACUUAUUUCAAUAGCGUUUAAUAACCACGUACAAUUCUCCAUCCAUCAUUCCACGGUUGCACGCACGAUCUAGCUGUAGUAUCCUGUUGCUAUACCAUUCUAACACCCUCUAUUACCACCGUAAUCCCCCAAAUCUAUCCUCCUACUACUUCACACGCACAGCACACAAACUCGAACGCGAUCCGGCUGGAGCAGGGAAGCGAACAAAACAGAACAGAACGAAAAGAAGACAAGCAAAGGUGAAAGGUGAAAAAACAAAACCGAUAAAACAAAGCAAGCGAACUCAAGAUUUCGAGUAGGAUUUAAUUUCCAGUAUUAUCUAGUCGUGCAUUAUAGUGUUGUAAAAAAGGAGAAGGAUAAAAAGUGAAAACGAAGUAAACAAGAGCGCAAGAUUAAAACAAGGAGAUGCGAAGAUGAAUAGUAACGCUAUUAACCUAACUACUAAACACAAGCCAAACACAGGUGUGUUUGUCGAUGAGCGGCCGAUUAUUGGCCCCCCCGAUUGGGGAGAAGAUGCGGGACAGAAGUAUAUGCAAAAAAAAAUUGAUUUGGAAAAUGCGUCAACAACCGGUCAAGAUAAAAUUAUGGGAAAUUACAUACAGCAGUGCAAGAAAAUCGGCCCAAACAAGUGCUGAAAGUAAUGAUGUCGAAUGUCAGAUGUAAGUAAUGAAUUAUGAUGGUAGGAAAGCGAAAUGUGUGCGCGCUUGUCGUGCACGUUUUGCCGUGUUGAUAUGUUUUUCGUUUUUAAUUAUUAUUAUUAUCAUCAUUAUUAUUUUAUUAUUAUUAUUAUUAAUAUUAUUAUUAUUAUAUUAUUACGAUUAUUAUUAUUAUUAUUAUUAUUAUUUUAAUCUCGAAACAGAAGCCAAUCUUCGAUCAUUUAAUGUCAAUAAAUCGUUGAUCCUUAUAUAUAUAUAUAAACACACACACAAACACAUAUAUGUAUGUCAUGCGAACUGGAAACGCUGCGGGUUGCGGCUGUUGUUGGAUAGUUGUUGUUUUAUUUGCUUAUUUGUAACUUCCAAGUGGUAUUUUAUACAGCAAAACCAUACAAAUUGUAACAAAAGCGUAAUGGCUUUUGGGAAAGAACGCGUGUAUAGGUGCGCUUCACACUUUUCCCUUCUCGUGCGCGCGUGCGCGAGUGUAAAGUGUGUGUGGCACGAACAGGAGAGAUAGUACGUGUCUUAUACUAUAUGUUUAUAUACGAUUAAGCAGAGGAAGCAUAUUAAAGUUAUUAUUUCAUAUGCAUAUGUUAAGCAUUUCUGCCUGUCGACCUAUUUGUGCAUGUAGUGAGGAGAGCAUGAAACAAGGAUGUGUAUAUGUAUUUGUAUGUAUCGGCUAAGCUGGAAGGAUCGGGUGUGCCCCAAAAAACCGCACACAAACGCCCUAUGAAAGUAGAAGGAAGGAAGGGGAGAGGAAGUGCGCGCGCGCGCGUGCAGCAGAAAGGAAAUCCCAUGACGCUUUAAAACAUUAAGAGAGGAACGGAUCGAAGGAGCCUUAGCAUAACUUGUAAAAAGCAUUAAACACACCCAUAUAUACACACACACACACACAUACAGACACAAUCCCGCCGCGUAACACGCGCGCAUCCGCGCAAUGCGCCUAAGGUCGGCUAGGGUGAAGCGCUUCGUUGCUCGUUGGAAGGUAAUGAACGCGAUUGUAAUAUAUAAUAAGAACAAUAGCGAGAGAAUGAGAAAAAGAGAAAGAGAGAAUGAGAAAGAGAAAGAGAAAAUAAAUUAUUUAGCUAACAAAUCGAAUCAUAACAAUCGAACAACACAAGAUGCACAAAUUCAUUCCGAGUGUGUACGUACAACGACCGCUCGGUGUUUGCUGUGGAAAGAAAAGAAAUUGCAAACGGUGCGCGGUUGCGGUUUUGUUGGCUGGGUUGGUUGGUCAUUCAUACACCCCACCAUUUCACCGUCGCUUCCUCCUACGUUCCCUUUAUUUCGCCUGAUAACAGCAUUGAUUAUCGUUUAGACCAUCGUUGUGGUUAUGGUUUUGUAUUUUGAUUUCUACCUUCUACCUGUCGAUACCCUUCUCAUCCCGCGGAUCCUACUUGUUCUCGACUGUCCUCCACAUCCUUCCGCUGUUGUAUUGUUUUGUUUUUGGCAGUAGAUGAAAAAAAGAAGACGAAAUUGUGGGCCUUUAUUGAAACGCAUUGUGACGAAGCAAUUAGUAUGAGUGUCGUAACCGAACGUUAGAUAAGAUGAUGAUAAUCUCAAACACUUUGCGAUUGCGAUGCACUAUGGGAGAGGAUGAAGCAGCAGGGCAAUUCGCGACCACCUCAAGAUACCUGAUAGGGAAUUAUUGAACUGAAUAAAUGAAUGAAAGUUACAAAAAAAAACACACACACACACACACACACCCAAUGCUGCUAAACAUUCAAUCGCACAAUUCAGACUGAUUUAAAUGAGGAGAUCGUAUGAUCGUGUGCCGAGAGGAUCAACAUCCUUUUGCAUGAUGGAUACAAGAGAAGAUACGCCAAAUACGUUGUUGAUGAAAGGAAAGGAUGUCGAAAUAGUUGCAAAGGACUGAUACACUGCAUACACUACCAUGUAGGGAGCGAGGCGAAUAAAAUUCGUACAGCAGUGCUACAAGCAAGGCAAAUGCAUUGAAAUGAUGUGAAGCAAAUACAAAGCAAAUAAUGAAUCAGAAGUGAAUUGUGCAAAACAAAACAAAGGUCCCUUUGGUUGGUAGUGUUAAAGUAUAAACUUUCAAAUUGAAAAUAAACGCAACAAAAAGCACACACACACACACACACACACACACACACACACACACACACACACACACACACACACAACUACAUAAAUGGAAUCUAUCAUCAACAUGUAAACUCACUAAGCAACAAAAUGAUCGAUGAAUCAAACUUGGUAACGAAGAAGACUUUUACAAUGAGAAACUAUAUUUAGCAUUGUUCUUAGCAAAAGCGGUGCACAAGGUGUAAACUGUAUAGGGGAAAAGAAUCGAAAUCGAAAAACAAAACAAAAUGUGUGUAUAAAACUAAGCCAACAAAACAGAACAGAUGGGUGGGUAGAUAGGAUAAGGGAAAGGAGAUGGCGUGAACAAGUGAAGCGUAUUGGUUGAAACCAUAUAUUCUAAAAUCGACUAAUUGGACAAAAUAAAAAACAAAAGAGAAUAGAAAACUAAACUAAAAAAAAAACACGCACACACAAAAACACACCGCAACUAAAUACCAAACCCAAUGGAAAAUCGUGUGCUGUAUUUGCAAUGUAUUAACUUUUUUUUAUGUUGUUACUGAGCAAAAGCGCGGAAAACCAAAACAAAACCACUUACCACUUACCUGUGUAACUGUGUAAUUUUGCCUAAAAUGCAAUUGUAAUACUUACAUACCUGAGCUAUAGUGGAGUGGGUGUGUGUGUGUGUAUGUUGAAGUGGUAUAACAAAACCGAUUUUCAUGUUAUAGCGACUGGAGUGAGGUGAUUUCGAACGGCCGAUAGCUUAUUUUCGUUAGUCAUUUGUGGGUGUGCAGGAUGUGAGUAGCAGAGAGUAUAUAAAACCCCAUUUUGUGGCGAGCCUAAAUGUAAUAAUGUUUUCAUCCAUCAGACAACACCAAUGAACUAAGAUAUUUACUAUAUAUUGCUACUAUUUACGAUGCAUGCGCACUGUUAUGAUGAUGAUACAAUUAGAGAGAAAGAGAGAUGGCGAGAUAUUAUACUAUCACAUACCGCAUACAGGCUCUGUAUUAACUGUGUGUAAUAAGUGCUGUCUGAGUAAAUGGUGCGAACAAGCAGCAGAUCCGAUCACACAAAGAACCAUAAAGCACACAACACACGCGUGAGGAGCAAACCAGGAUCCGGCCAAACGGAGAAACCGAAGUUAUACCGACUAAAGAAUGAUUGUCUAGCUAUCACAAGCUAUCUGGCCAAACGGGGUGUGUUGUUCUCAAUGUUCCAAUGAAAGCAGAUACAAUUUUAAAUAGUAUUUAAACAUAAAUGUCCGCCAUCUACCAGCCGGUAGUCGUUUAUUUCUCUGUUGCCAAAAUUGUCCGAUAGGAACGAAACAACCCAAUAGCAAACAAACCAUUAGAACCAUUGUACUAAAACAACAGAAUAUACGUGUGUGUGUCAUGUGUAUUAGCCGUUUCCUCACAGCUUAAAAAAAGAAAACAACCAAACAGUAAACACAUUUUUUCAUUGAUAAAUGAUGCUCUUGAAGGAGAAACAGAAUAACCGACCCAAUUUCCCCGCUCCCCAUCCCUCCACUGUGGCAAUCCGGGUGGAACGGGUAAACUAAUCACCACUUGCACACCAAUUUACGUUUAAGUAUCGCUUCGCCAUGCACUGAACGCGAACGUAAGCCGCUUGAUUUCACUGCAAACUGCGCGAUCGCGUAUGAGGAUCAGUUUUGCUACUCGGUAAUAACAUCCAUUUAAAGCUUUUUGUACAUGUCUGUAUAUAUGUAUUGUAUUAUUUCUAUGGUUUAUGAAAUAGAAACACAACACUGUAAUUAUUAUCUAUAUACUGUUUAUAAUAAUAACAUAAAGACCAAUUUAAA